GUCUCUGGGAUAUAAACAAGACUUGCGUGAUCAGAGAGGCUGCUGGGGAGCAUAAUCUGGGCCCGGUAAAGAAACAUUUGAUUUCUUUCGCAUAGAAACGAAACACGGACGGGGUGAAACAUGUACUGUUUGACUAAGCAAGUGUAAUCAUGGGGACGACACUGUCUCACCUGCCUAAGCAGACGUGCCACGAUGAGUGCCAUGACAGCCUGACCUCUUCACCUGAGUACAAUGCCAUGCAGAGUGAGGACAACAAGAAUGGUGGAGAUGUCUCCCAGUUCCCUUAUGUAGAGUUCACUGGUAGGGACAGUGUGACCUGCCCAACGUGCCAGGGUACUGGGCGGAUCCCACGAGGUCAAGAAAAUCAGUUGGUGGCAUUGAUUCCAUACAGUGACCAGAGGUUGAGACCAAGGAGAACAAAGUUAUAUGUGACGGCCUCAGUGAUUGUGUGCCUGCUGCUCUCCGGGUUGGCAGUGUUCUUCCUUUUUCCCCGCUCUAUUGACGUGAACUACGUGGGGGUGAAGUCAGUCUAUGUCACCUAUGACCAGACCAAGCGCACCGUGUAUCUUAAUAUUACUAACUUGCUGAAUAUUACUAACAACAAUUAUUACUCCGUGGAUGUGGCCAACAUCACAGGACAGGUGCAGUUCUCCAAGACUGUGAUUGGAAAGACCCGCGUCAGUAACAUUACCAGUAUCGGCCCCCUGGACAUGAAGCAGAUUGAUUACAUGGUGCCCACCAUCAUAGCAGAUGAAAUGAGUUAUAUGUAUGACUACUGUACUCUGCGUACCAUCAAAGUGCACAACAUUGUGGUCAUGAUGCAGGUGACGGUGACCACAGCGUAUUUUGGCCACGCUGAACAGGUGUCUCAGGAGAUGUACCAGUAUGUGGAUUGCGGAGGCAACACUACAUUGUUGCAUGAAUACACGUUAAGAACUCCUGAAUCAGAAUAGAGUUUAAACUCAUUGCAUUUAGCCCCCUCCACCCCAAUACCACAGUCACUGUAUUCUUGUUUCUGGCCAAAUGUAUCUACACUGUAUUCCAUUGAAGAAUAAUCAGGGUGGUUUCAUAUAAACAAUGCACUUUAUUUUCAAAUACCUUUUAAUGACAAUGCUGCUUCUUGUAGCAGUGGAACAAAACCACUCCAAACUGAACCACUCAUACCUACAUUUUGUAAUUUUUUCACUGGAUUUGAAAAAGAAAAAUCACUUUAGAUGCAAAAUUUUUGUUUGUUUACUAACUGAUGUUGUUGGUUCCCUGUCUAAAACUGUGUGCAUAUAACUUGAGUUACUGAUAAUCUUUUCUAAUAUUUGUUAACAGUAGUGAGUGAUAGGACAACCUGAAAACUAUAGGUCAUGCAUUUUUUUUAUGUUUCUUGCAGUGUUAUUUCUGUAUAAUAAGUACAAAUAUUUAUUAGAAUAAUGGUUUACCUCAUGUCAGUACUAGUCCCUCACACCAUGCAGUUUCACAAACAAUGAGGCAGAGUGUUUGCUCUAUGGGUCAAUUUCAAGUGGUUUCAGUUUUUUCUGCUUUUCAUAAACAAAUUACAUUUUCUUUGCCUCCAUUUCCAAGCUGUACAAUACAGGUUCAAAACAACCAGAAAACACACUACUUAUUAUAACACUGUUUAUUUGGGACUAAUUGCAUUUAUCUGAAUGUAAAUAAGGGUUGUUGCCAUGGCAGUAUUUGAAAAAGAAAACCAAACAUUCCGCACAAGAAUUAAACUUCAUGCCUUUUGUGGUUUUCAUUACAUAUGGAAUCAUAUGCAAAAGUUUGGGCACCCCUGGUUAAAUGACGUUUUGUUUUUCUAAGUGAAAUGAAGUUAACAUACUCUACAGGGAACACACAUCUGCAAAUUUAAAUGCACAAUUACUGUUUAUUUUUGGUAUUUAAUAUAUUGGGGGAAAAUAAAUAAAACGUGACCUGUCAAAAGUUAUGACAGUUUAUAUUUUUUGUUAAUAAAAAAACAAAUAGAAACUGUAAAAUGAAGUUCAUUUCCUGCAGAAGAUGUUAUAUUCACUUAGAAAGUCAACAAAAUUUGUAAUGUGACCCAGGAUGUUCAAACCUCUGCACACAACUGUACAUACAUUGUUUUCUUCCUUGAGUAAGCUACAUGUUUUGCCAUGAUGUGUUGAACUAAACAGGACAGAACUUUAGUACUAGCACUUUAAUAUUGCAUUUUUAACAUUGUUUCUACACCAGAUGUGUAUAACACAGCAUUUUUAACAUUUUAAUCAGUUAUUAACAAAUACUAUAAAAGCUAAUAAGAGAGUAGACACUGGAUAUUCUGUAACAAGGACAUGGCUUGAGGUUCAUAUAAAUUACCUUAGGUUGAAGAACCUGUUUUAUAAAUGAUUUUGUAUGAUUGGAUUGGAUUAACUUACUCACUUUGACUGCAAUGAAUAUUUUUUUCAGCAACCUAAUAAUAAAGUUGGUGUGCCAGCAGGUUUUGUUAUAUUUACCAACUAUGUUUGAAAAUGUACAGGCAUUUUCUGGAUUGUAACUGCUGUAUGUUUGAGGUGUUGUUUUAGCAUCAGCUUAGUUCUCAGAAAUCUAAUGAAACAUGUAAUAUAUCCAAAAGUGAACCUAUGUAAAAAAGACACAUGCACAUGAAUAGUUUUGCUACGUGGUCCUCUGAAACAUAUUUUCUUGGCAUGAAUAAAGGUCUAAAUCCUGUUGUGA